AUCAUCGGGCACAAGCUAAUGGGGGCUUAUCCACAAGUACCUUCUACUUCUAUCCAACCAGGGCCUACAACCCAAGCACUUUUUCUGUCUCAGUUCUCACAAUCAUCUUCUUCGUUUUCCUUUUCAUCUUCUUAGGAAUCCCUAACAAGUUUUACCUCUUCGCUAUCCUCGUGUUUAAACUGGUUCCCUUCGAUUUUCUCUUUUCUUUUCUUUCACUUAAUCGAUUCUUGCCACGAAUCCUAGCUGGGUCCACCUGAAAAUCUAUCAAUUCCCCUGAUAAAUAUCUGAUUUUCCCAUCUGGGUCUGUUCAAUUUUUUGGUUUUGAUGAUGGGUCUCGAUGUUUAUGGUCCCUGGUUUCUUGUAGAUUAUUGAAAAUGUUGAUUUAUCGUUGAUAAAAGAUACCGGUUUGGCUUCGUUAUUUUUUGGGGCUUUUACAAUUGCGAUUAUAUUACAGAGACUGGUUCCAUCUCUGAGGUGUUGUUAAAAAAUCCAUUGCCAGGUGGAGAAACCCUUUUACGGUGAUUGUGGUUAUGAUUCAUGGGAUCUUCUGGUGAAUUCUUCGUGGAAACAAUAUUUUUGAUUUGGUGUUUGUGUUGAAUUUUGCGUGAGAAAUAGAAGAUGAAGAGAGGGAAAGACGACGAGAAAAUUACGGAGCCUUUGUUUCCAAGAUUACAUGUUAACGAUACUGAUAAGGGAGGGCCUAGAGCACCGCCGAGGAAUAAGAUGGCUCUGUACGAGCAGCUUAGUAUUCCUUCUCAGAGGUACAGUCCGGGAGUGUUGGCUCUUAAUCCAAGUAAUACUAACAGCUUGGUUCCUCCAGGAUCCUCCACUCAGGGUCAUGGCAUUGAAAGAAAUUUGUUCAUCCCAGCUCAUGCACCUCCUGCAACACCUACUCGAUUGGCUGAUGCAUUCAAUGGUGACCAGCAUAAUGGGGCAAAUGUGAGUGGUCCUACAGGACAACAGGAACAGAGAAAUAAGGGCGGAGAUGAAGACGACUUUAGGGUGCCAGUAUUUGUUCGCUUUGGGAUUAAUCAACAUCAUAACACAAUUCAAAAUAGUGUUGAUAGGGAAAAGGUCACUCAUGUUAAUGUAACUUAUCCCGGAAGCUCAAUGAAACUCCAAAAUUUGAGUCAUAAGGAGCCAAAACAAAGUAGCUCUUCAGGUCUUACAAGACAAGAGGUGAGACACCAGGGCAACGAGAAGCAAAAAAAUUGUGUUCUGAGGAAGGAGCAUUCUGCCAGAGUAAAGAUUGAUGAACCUGUUAAGGAAAUUAGUGGAUCUUCAAGGCAACAACUUGGAGAUGGUGGCAAAUUAAAUGACGAUGUUGCCCAGUGGCAGCAAGGGGCUAGGACUGGGUUGCAACGAGUUGAUAGUGGACCAGUUGAUGAUGGCGACUCGUUGAGGGAUGUUGACAAAGGAAUUAUGCCACAGCUGAGAAGUAAUAGUUGUUCCAGGGAUGAUCCUAGCAGCAGCCCAGAUGAACAUGACAAUGAUAGUGGAUGUACCAGAAACAAUGCACGUGGGUCUUUCCAGCUGGUAAAUGGUGACAAGAGUGAUGAUGUCUCUGAGACGUCCAUGGUGGAUUCUAUAUCAAGCUUGGAUAUUUCUCCUGAUGAUGUGGUGGGCAUAAUAGGUCAAAAACAUUUUUGGAAGGCAAGAAGAGCAAUUAUCAAUCAACAGAGAGUGUUUGCAGUGCAAGUAUUUGAGUUGCAUAGAUUGAUUAAGGUCCAGAAACUUAUUGCAGGAUCACCACAUAUUUUGCUGGAGGAUAGUGCUUUUCUUGGUGUACCUUCUUUAAAGAGCUCUUCUGCAAAGAAAUUUACAUCAGAGUAUGUUGUAAAGUUGCCGCUGCAGGCUGUCAAUUGCAAAGAUGAUUCUGAGAAGGCAAAUGAUAAAAUGGAAUGUUCUGCUGAAAAUGCAGUCGUAAAGACAUCUCUGCCUUCAGCAAGAAAUGGUAGCCAGCCUUCAAAUUAUAGUAAUCAGCAAUGUCUGCGCAAUCCACUCCCAGCACCUGUGGCACCUGAUGCUAAAGUUGGUCCUUGGUCUUAUCACCCGUCACCUGGGCAUCAAUGGCUGGUACCUGUGAUGUCCCCUUCUGAAGGACUUGUAUACAAGCCAUAUCCCGGACCAGGAUUCGCAGGAUCGGUUUGUGGAGGAUGUGGACCUUUUGGGCCAACACCCAUGACAGGUGCUUUUAUGGCUCCAGCUUAUGGGGUUCCCGGGCCUCCUCAUCAAGGGGUAGCAGUUCUUCCUGGUGCUCCUCCAGUUGGUCACAGUUACUUUCCUUCAUACGGCAUGCCAAUCAUGAGUCCGUCCUUUUCAGGUUCAGCUGUGGAGCAAAUGAACCCUUUUAGCACACCUGGUGGACAUGGUCAUAUUGCUAACUUAUCUGGAGGGGGAGCUAAGCAGAGCUCAUGUAACUUAUCAACCCAGAAGACUGGAACUAUACCACAAGUAGUGAAGCAUCAGCCAUCUAAAGAUACACAGCUACAAGGAAGUACAGCAAGUAGUCCUGGUGAGAGGGUGCAAGAUGGUAUAGGUAACAUUGGUGAAGGAAGGAAUGCACUCCCACUUUUUCCUACGGCACCAGAUGCAGUCAUGCAGCCUAUUGAUACAGAGCAGCAGACGAGAGUGAUCAAGGUUGUGCCUCACAAUCCAAGAUCAGCGAGUGAAUCAGUGGCUCGAAUUUUCCAGUCAAUACAGGAGGAGAGGAAACACUUAUGACUCAAUUUAGCUUGCUUGCGGUGCACAUGUUGGGAGUUUGUAAAUGAUGUUGAACUCAUCUAGCGAGUAUAUUACCUCCAAGCUGUUUUUGCUUAACCACGUAACCUAGUAAUCUUCUUUUGUUUUUGUUUCUUGUCUAAAAAUAUGAUUCACGUGUAGAUAUCUCUCAUAAUAUUAUCAAGUUGGUGAAAUAUGAAUUACUCGUUUCUUCCA